GAGACAGGAGAAGAGAGGAGAGCGAAGGGAAAAGAGAGCAAAAAAAAAAAAAAACAAGAGAACAGCUCAGCAAAUCAGCCCAGUAGCAUUCCUCUCACAGCUGCAGUGAUUUAGGCUGGGAGGGGAAGUUUAGCUCACAAGAAGAAAAAAAAAAAAAAAACAAGAAAUUUGAUUGUAUUGUAUUUUUUUUUCUGUGGGUGAAGAAAUCAGAAGAUUCCCUGGAAAGGAAGGUGAACAAGAAGGAAGAGGAAUCAGAGAGCUUCUGCAGCCUCCGAGUGUCCUGCAGGGGAAGAUGGAUUCAGACUCCGGAGAGCAGAGUGACGGAGACCUCUCCCCAGGACAGGAGAGUUUUAACUCUCGCUCCCUGGCUCUGCAGGCCCAGAAGAAGAUCCUGAGUAAGAUGGCGACCAUGGUGGUGGCCAACAUGCUGACAGAUGACACCAGCAGCGAGAUCUUGGAUGAGCUGUACAAGGCGAGCCGGGAGUUCACAAAGAGCAAGAAGGAGGCCCACAAGAUCAUCAAGGACGUCAUCAAGAUCGCCCUGAAGAUCGGCAUCUUAUACCGCAACCACCAGUUCAGCCCCGACGAGCUGGACACGGUGGAGCGCUUCAAGAAAAAGAUGAACCAGGCGGCCAUGACGGCGGUGUCGUUCUAUGAGGUGGAGUACACCUUUGACAGGAAUAUUCUGUCAGAGCUCCUGCUGGAGUGCAGGGACCUGCUUCACACCCUGGUCGAGCAGCACCUGACCGCACGCUCGCAUGCACGCAUCGAUCACGUUUUCAACCAUUUUGCCCACGGGGAGUUCCUGGCCGAGCUGUACGGGGACGGAGAGGAGUACAGACUCUCUCUGAGGAAGAUCUGCAAUGGCAUCAACAAACUGCUGGACGAAGGAACGCUUUAACCUCUCACACCUGACCUCUUUCACCUCUAGCUCUUUCUCCUCUUCCUCCUUUUCUUGCUGGUCUCUCCUGCCUCCUUCUAUUUCCUUUUCACUUGCUCACCGCUGACCGCUCACAUCCUUGACCUUCUUUUUGCUCUCAUCCUCCCGUUACUUCUGCAUCCGUUUCCGUGGAGCUAGUUGUAACAUCCAGAUGCUGUGGUUCGACGAGGGAUUUUUUUUUUUUUUUAGACUGUCUUUCUACUCAGUGGAUCAUUGCUGCACACUGGGACAGCCUGUUUCACGUUGUACGCAUUCCAAGUCAUCCCCUUUUGUCUGCAAAAGUGUACCGUACCAAUGGCCAAAAAAAAAUGCAUUAGGUAUAUUUGGAUAUGGAAGAUAACCAGUGUUAGUGACCUGUCGCACUCUCUUUGUGUUUGUGUGUGUGUGCACGCGUUUGAAUGGGAUUCUCUUGAAUAAUGUGUUUGUACAUAAGACCAACUAUGACAUGGUGUGUGUAUUAUGUAUCUGUGUUUCAAUCUUGCUUACAAGGGUGUAACACUUGUCUUUUAUUAAAGAUUUCUU